AUGAUCUGCUUUGUUUUAGGGUGUUUCUUACGGUUCCCCCAAGUAAGAGGUGAGGAAGGCUGCCUCAACACUGAACUCUGUUCAGGUACGGAGUGGGACCGUUUGUGGUAUAUCUGGCUGGUGGUGGUGAUCGGUGGGCUGCUGCUCCUGUGUGGCCUGGUUUCCGUCUGCGUGAGAUGCUGUUUUCAUUGCCAUCAGACAGGGGAGGAAUCGGGUCCUCAGCCCUAUGAGGUCACCGUCAUUGCUUUUGAUCACGACAGCACCCUCCAGAGCACCAUUACCUCUCUCCAUUCUGUGUUUGGGCCUGCUGCCAGGAGGAUAUUAGCAGUGGCACACUCCCAUAACGCUGCACAGGGAACGCCGCCCCUCUCAGCAUCAGACACUCCUCCAGUCUACGAAGAAGCUCUGCACAUGAGCAGAUUCACAGUCGCCAAGACGGGGCAGAAAGUGCCAGACCUGGAUCCAGUGCCGGAGGAAAAACUGCAGGCAUCUGCCGAGGGCAAGGAUGCCCAGCCAGCCGCCCCAGGACACUAGUGCCUGCUUUUACUGAAUGGCAGAUAAUACAGAA